AUGGAAUCAAUGGAAGAAGAUUUAAGCGGAGGUCCCUGGUAUAUAGGAAAUCAUAUUAUUGGUAUGGAUAGAUGGUCAUUUUCUUUCUCUACUGAUUCGCUUAAGGGUAUCUCUUCUCCAGUCUGGAUUUGGUUCCCUGGAUUACCUUUAAGUUGCUGGGAUGAAGAAAAUAUUCCCAUGAUUGCUUCCAUGAUUGGAACUCCUAUGAUGCUUGAUGGGAACUCAUUUAAAUGGGGCAAAAGAGAGUACGCUCGCUGCUGUGUUAUAAUUGAUCUAGAAAAGAAACUUCCUAGGGGAGUUAGGAUUGAAGGGAUUCAUGGUAGAACUUUUCAACGAGUUGAAUAUGAAAAACUUAACUCUCUCUGUUAUCGUUGUGGUAAAGUUGGACAUAGUAAAGAUGUCUGUCCUGAUGCAGUUGUUGUUCAGGUCAAGGAAACAAUGGUACAAGAAAAGGUGGAAGUUCUAAAAUGGACAGAUGUUGUAAAUGAAGAUGGUUUAAAGAAACAGGGUGAAGAUUAUGGACCUUGGAUCCAUGUUAAAUUCAGAGACAGAAGAGAUAUACCAAUUGGGGUGAAUAAGUUCCAAGCUUUGGAAGGAGGUCUGGAAGAAGGGGAAUUAAAUAAGAAAGAAAAGACAAGGAUGCUGGAAAAGGAAGAACCUCUGAAUCAAUAUGGAAGUGAUGUUCACCUGGAAGUUGAAGUCCCAAUUGCUGAUCAAGAUCUUAAAAAUCAAAUAACUUCAAUUUCAAAUUCUGGUAAAGUGAAACUAGCCAAGGAAUUGAGAUCAUUGGGACCUAUGGAAGCUGAUACAAAAAAGAGGAAAGGGAUUAAAAUAAACAGUAAAAUAAUGGGGCAUUAUUCCCCUAUUAUGUCUUAA